AUUAAUUUUAAUUUAUUUUUAUUUUCCAAUUGAAUAAAUGAACCGGCGCAGCAGAAACUUGAUCAUAUUUGUUUUAUUUUGUUUUUCGUUAAGUCGCACCGGCGUGAACAGCUUUUCUAACCUGUUGCUUCUUCAUUUUCUUUCCACAGUAGCAGCCACAUCAACAUCCACAUCCGCAUCUAUUUUGGCAGUAAUACCUCCACGCAAACGCGGACGACCAAGGACGAAAGUCGCCGAAGAUGCAACGCCCAAGUUGAAGCUGCUCGACAAGCUAAAAGCUGCAACAUUGAACGAGGCCGCCAGUGAGCAAGCCGUAUACGCAUCCACCACCAAGGGUGGCGUGAAACUUAUUUUUGAUGGGCACCUUUUCAAGUUCUCCUUUCGCAAGGCGGACUAUUCGGUUUUCCAAUGCGUGUACCGGGAGCAUGGCGAGGAGUGCAAAGUGCGUGUUGUGUGCGACCAGAAGCGCGUCUAUCCGUACGAUGGAGAGCACGCCCACUUCAUGCAGGCCAGCGACAAGAGCUGCCUGCCCUCGCAGUUCAUGCCGGGCGAAGGCGGUGCCAUUGCAUCAUCGAACAAGGACAUGGGAGGCAAAGUGGAGCUCCUGAUGAAGAAAAACAAGCUGAAGGAGGAAGAGGACGAACAGGAAGAAUUUGAGAUCCAUGAAAUCGAUGACAUUGAAAUUGAUGAGACGCCACUGGUAGAAAAAUCGAUCCCUAUGGAAGCAAGCGAACAGGAAACGGUCAACGCUGCUUCUACGGACACUGCAGACGACACAAAUUCCAGCCUGAUCGUGACAUUGGUGCCGCCCGCUGAGGACGUUGAUCCCAAUGACUUUCGCGAGAAGAUCAAGCGUCGUCUGCAACGUGCGCUGCAGAACAAGAAGAAGUAACUGGAUGAAGGAUGAUGCCGCAGUGCCUCCAAUCUGACCAAUUUUUAAAUACAUUUCUUAACUAUUCACUUUGCUACAAUUACUAGGUUUUGCACCCAUAAACAAAUAUAUAAUGCAACUUACUCUAAUUUA